AUUUUUACAACUUGCAAACCUCAAAAGUCAGACCAACCAUGAUCCGCAAUGUCGGUGAAUGCAUCUUUUCAUGCCGCCGCAGUUACUAGAUGUUGCGCGCUCUACGUAUUUCCUUCUUUUCGCUUCUUCGAUAAAGUCUGAAACCCUAAAACACUGAUUUUUCUUUGCCCCUUCAAUUGAAAAGAUAAAAGGAGUAAUUGAUUACCAGUUACAUAUCAUUCUCUUCGAGAACCCUAGAUUUGCGUCAGUCGAUUUUAGCAGGCAGUUGCCAUGGAUACAGGAGGCAGCAGCGAAAGCCCUGCUGAGACGAAGAAAGGGAAAUCCAAGACUCCUAAAAAGCCCAAGGAAAGCGUUCUCAAGCAAAAAUCUCCAGCUGAGUUCUUUGCAGAGAACAAGAACAUUGCCGGGUUUGAUAAUCCUGGGAAGAGCCUUUACACUACAGUGAGAGAACUGGUUGAAAACUCCCUUGAUUCGGCAGAGUCCAUGUCUGAGCUUCCUGUGGUAGAAAUCAUAAUUGAAGAUAUCAGGAAAAGUAAGUUCAACUCCAUGAUUGGUCUUGUUGAUCGGGAACGUGUUGAUGAGGAACUAUAUGAUGAUUACGAGUCAUCAAAGGCUCGUGAGAAGCGAUUAGCUAAGGAAGCUCGUGCUCAGGAAAUACAAGCAAAGCAUAUUGCACUUGGGAAAAAAGUCAAAGAUCUUCCGACUUCAAAGAGCAUGAAGGGUCGAGGUGAGGCUUCAUUUUACAGAGUUAUAUGCAAGGACAAUGGCAAAGGAAUGCCACACGAUGACAUCCCAAAUAUGUUUGGACGAGUUCUUUCUGGGACAAAAUAUGGCUUGAAGCAGACACGUGGGAAGUUUGGUCUGGGUGCAAAGAUGGCAUUGAUAUGGUCCAAAAUGAGUACAGGCCUUCCAAUAGAGAUCUCAUCAGCAAUGGAGGGCCAAAACUAUAUUUCAUUCUGCAGGCUGGAUAUAGAUAUUCAUAGGAAUAUUCCUAAUGUCCAUAUUCAUGAAAAAAGAGACAACAAAGACAGGUGGCAUGGGGCUGAAAUUCAAGUUGUUAUUGAAGGAAAUUGGACAACUUACCGUUCCAAGAUAUUGCAUUACAUGCGACAAAUGGCUGUUAUCACACCCUAUGCCCAAUUUCUUUUUAAAUUUGUGUCUGAAACACCUGAUAAAAAUGUUACGAUAAGAUUUGCCCGGAGAACCGAUGUCAUGCCACCAGUUCCUCUCGAAACUAAGCAUCAUCCAUCAUCAGUUGAUUUGCUACUGAUCAAACGCCUUAUUGCAGAAACUUCAAAGCAAAACCUUUUGCAGUUUCUUCAGCAUGAGUUUGUAAAUAUACGGAAGUCCCUUGCUGAACGAUUAAUUGGAGAAAUGGGCCCUGAAUUCAGCCCCAAAAUGCCAGUUAAGUCGCUAACUUCUCAGCAGAUAGUGCGCAUCCAUCAGUUGUUUCGUCAAGCCAAAUUUGAUGAUCCUACUGGUGAUUGUCUUAGUCCUGCAGGGGAAUACAAUCUACGGCUAGGAAUUAUAAAGGAGCUGCAUCCAGACAUGGUUGCAACUUAUUCUGGCAGCGCCCAUGUUUUUGAGGGGCACCCAUUCAUUGUGGAAGCUGGUCUCAGUGUUGGUGGAAAAGAUGUAAAGCAAGGAUUGAACAUUUUUCGAUUUGCAAACCGAAUUCCGCUUCUUUUUGAGCAAGGUGCAGAUGUUGUUACGAGGACUGCUCUCAAGAGAAUCAAUUGGAGUAGUUACAAGAUCAAUCCGAUGCAAGACAAAGUUGGUGUUUUUGUUAGCGUUGUGAGCACAAAAAUUCCAUUUAAAGGGACAGGAAAGGAGUAUAUUGGAGAUGAUAUUAGUGAGAUAGCAAGUGCAGUCAAGUCUGCCAUUCAGCAGUGCUGCAUACAGCUAAAAUCUAAGAUUGUCAAGAAAAUGCAGGCCCGUGAACAACAGGAGAGAAAACGAAAUUUAAGCAGGUAUAUCCCUGAUGCUACAGGUGCUAUAUAUGAUGUUCUGAAAGAAAUGGCGCAAUUGCAUGGUUCCAAGAAGAAAAAAUAUGAGGAUGGUGUCGUGGAAGUACUUAAUAAAGUGUCAGCACGUUUGAUUACAAAAGAAUCACUUGCCGAAAAACUUGCUCAACAUGUUGAACAGGUGGACUACGAGAUGGCAUUGGAAUAUGCUACCCAGAGUGGAGUAACUGAAGAACCAAGGGAAGACGUCUACAUACAGUCGCUUGGAGUGCAAAACAAGUUCAUCGACUUACAUAGUCCCUUAUUUGUUUUUAGACUUCUUCAGUAAAAAAUUUCAUUGGGUUCUUAUGGACUGUGAUUCUAUGAAUUCAUUAUUUGUCAGUGGCACAAGUAGUCAAUUUGUUUCCUUGAUGGUGAACUACAAUCUAGGUCUUCUCUUGGAGAUCAAAAACCGUACUUGGUAAUUAAUACUGCACAAGAUGUAUGAAUAUUAACUUCGAUUGGAUUGAGGAAUCUUCGAUUGGAUAUUCCAUUAGAAGAUUAAAGUCAGAUAUAAGAAUAUUCCAAAGAAACUACUUGUAUAUGUAUGUUGAUGAAUCUUAAUGAGUAAU